AUGGCGGGUACCGGGCACUCUUGGCCGAACAGCCAGGACGAUUAUGAGUUGUUGGAAGUCAUCGGCGUUGGUGCUACGGCCGUGGUCCACGCGGCGUAUUGUCGCGCGAAGAACGAGAAAUGCGCCAUCAAACGCAUCAAUUUGGAGAAGUGGAACACCUCUAUGGACGAACUCCUCAAAGAGAUCCAAGCUAUGUCCAGUUGCAACCACGAGAAUGUCGUGACCUACUACACCAGCUUCGUCGUCAAAGAGGAGCUGUGGUUGGUACUGAGGCUACUCGAAGGCGGGAGUCUGUUGGACAUCAUCAAGCAUAAGAUGAGGAUAUCCAACUGCAAGCACGGCGUCUUCGAUGAAGCCACUAUCGCGACGGUGCUGAAAGAAGUGUUGAAGGGUUUGGAAUAUUUCCACCAGAACGGACAGAUACACAGGGAUAUUAAAGCCGGGAAUAUCUUGCUGGGAGACGAUGGGACAGUACAGAUCGCGGACUUCGGUGUGUCGGCCUGGCUCGCCACCGGUCGAGACCUCUCUCGCCAGAAGGUGCGGCACACGUUCGUCGGCACGCCCUGCUGGAUGGCUCCUGAAGUAAUGGAACAGAACCACGGCUACGACUUCAAGGCUGACAUCUGGUCGUUCGGCAUCACCGCCAUAGAGAUGGCGACCGGCACUGCGCCCUAUCACAAGUAUCCGCCGAUGAAGGUGCUCAUGCUGACGCUGCAGAACGACCCACCCACGCUUGACACCGGCGCCGAGGAGAAGGACCAGUACAAAGCCUACGGGAAAACCUUCCGGAAGAUGAUAUCCGAGUGCCUGCAGAAGGACCCGACGAAGCGACCCUCCGCGCCCGAGCUGCUCAAGCACUCGUUCUUCAAGAAGGCGAAGGAUAGGAAGUACCUGCAGCAGACGCUGGUGGCCAUCGGGCCGAGCAUGGAGACGCGCGUGCACAAGGCGAGUAAGCGGCAGCCGGGCACGUCGGGCCGCCUGCAUCGCAUGGAGACCGGCGAGUGGGUGUGGGAGAGCGACGAGGACGAUGACGCCGACGACGACGCCGAGCGCCGCGACCGCGACCGGCCCAUGAACACGCUGGCGCGGGCCGAGUCCAGCGACAGCGACGACGAGCCUUCCACCGCGGCCCCCGGCGCCGCCGGCUUCACCAUCGGCUCGCUGGGCGCCGGCGAGGCGCCGCAAAUCAACCUCGUGCUGCGCAUGCGCAACUCACGCAAAGAGCUCAACGACAUCCGCUUCGAGUUCGCGCCCGGCAAGGACUCUGCGGACGGCAUCGCCACCGAGCUGGUGGGCGCGGGGCUGGUGGACGCGCGAGACGCGGGCGUGAUCGCGCGCGAGCUGCAGCGCCUCGUGGACGCGCACCUGUUCCCCAGCACCCCGCCGGCCGGGCCCGCGCCCGAAGCGGCGCGCUCCGUCACCUUCCGCCUGGAGUCCGCCGACCCCGCCGAGCCGGCCGACGAGCGCGGCCUCAUCGGACACGCGCAGAUCUCCAUCGUGGAGUGAGCACGGCGAGCCCACCCCCGGACAAUAAUACUGCUGCUAGCGAGCCCACCGCGGCGCCUCCAUCGCCGCCGCACGCUUGUGCCUCGCCGCGGGCUGUCAUUCGAUCAUACUUAAACGGCAACUCUCGGCGACCCUCACGUUAGUACACAAUUUUGUUAGAAACCAUAUCAUCAGCGUUCGAGCACAUUCUGUACUAACUUGUAGAGGCGAGCUAGGUUAUAUUUCGUUAUAAUUACGCUUAGUGUAAGUCCUACAUAUAUUAUGGGUGGAUAUGGAAUUUAGUUAUAUCGUUUAUAGCUCAAACGGAUGUAUAAUUUACGUGAUGAUAAGGGUGAAUCUGAAUUUAUAUUUGUGAUCAUUUUGUGUUUAUUUCGCUGCUUUGUAUUUCGAAACACUGUAAUCGAUGUAUUUUAAUAUUGUUUUUAACGGCUAUCUUAAUCGAGGAUAAUGGAAUGUUGGUUUAUAUUAAAUAUAUUACAUUUUUAAACUACUUUUAAAAGUAAAUAAAUAAUCAUUUUAAUGCUAAUGCAAGACAGCGAUUAUGCAUACUUAUUUUGUAACAUAACUAGUGCCAUAAUGAUAAUAAUGGAAGGAGUCAAUGUGGCUCAUAAUGUUUAGUUCAAAGUAUAUAAUUUAUUCAGUGAGAUUCUGAAACAAUAUUACAGAAUAAAUACAAGGUUAAUAUAAAUUAAUUCUUUAAAACAAUAUGAAUUAUACUUACUAUAUGGAAUCGUUGCAGUGUCCGAGUCUAAUACAAUUAGAGCAUCACAAAUGUUCGUUUACAUUGUUAUUUGUUUGUUGCUUAUUUUGGAAGUAUUUUUAAUAAUAAAACGACGAAAUCGUU